AUGAUACAACCAGAAACCGAAUGGACAAAACAAAAGUUAUUUAACAAUGAAGAGGAACCUGUAAACAGCGUAAGACAGUUAAGCACUGAAUUAUUUCACACUGCGUUACGGAUAUUCAUCGAAAGACGCGGGUGUCCAUUACAUAUACAUUCUGAUAAUGAGCGAAAUUUCGUUGGAGCAUCGGCACAACAUAAGAACUUUUUCGGAUCAAGGGAAUUCAAACAAAAUAUUAAUGCAUACACAAUUCAAGCUGGAAUUGAUCGGUCAUUCAUUCCACCGCAUUCCCCACAUGUGGGUGGACUAUGGCGAGCAGGAGUAAAACCUAUGAAAUUCCAUCAUUUACGAAGAAGUUUAGGAGAGUCUAUAUUAAAAGACCGGGAAGCCAAAACUUUGCUAUCACAGAUGGAAACAGUAUUAAACUCAAGGACUUUAACUCCCGCAUCAACACACGAUGGUGACAAGAAAGCACUGACCCCGGGUCACUUAAUUAUAGGAAAACCUUUAACCGCAUUACCGGAGACCAAUUACCUCGAUAUAAAAGCUCCGAGCCUUCGUUGGCACAUGGUACAGCAACUGAUACAAGGAUUUUGGAAAAGAUGGCGGACGGAGUAUCUUCAGUCAUUACAAGUACGCCACAAAUGGACUCAGACUGAAGCGAAUCUCAAAGUUGAUGCAGCCAUAAUGUUUUCAGCAUUGUCAUCAGCAAUGGCGAUUAUGUUGAUAAUUCUGUUACUCUAUUCAACAAAACAUGUAUCCGUGUACCAGGUAAACAAUGCAAUGGUUAAAGUAGGAAUACUAAAGCUUAAUCUGAAAGCCUGA